ACUAUAAAAUACGCAUGAUAAUCAAGUUAAUCAUAAUUACAAAGUUCGUAAUUGCUGAAGCUCAACAUUAAUGGAAAAAGUUAAUUUUAAAUUGUGACUAUUUAGUUUUUCUCAUUCAUUAUUGUAAAGUUAAUUGUGUUGAUUGUUUUGACUUUUUCAAUCCUUUACUUUUAUAUUGAUAAUGUAACCAACAGUAUUGAGAACAGUUGAUUCAAUGGAAACAAUUAGUGACCUUUUAAUUGUUUGUUUGAUCAGAUGACGAACAUUAAAUUGUGACAAUCUAAUUGACAAAAGCAAACGAAUGGAAAUCUUUUCAUCCCAAUUAACUAAAUUCACCCACAUUCAUUUUAUGAUUUAUCCCUUUAUCUAAAUUGUAACAUCUAAUUUAACGUAAACUCAUUCUCGUCGUCACAAUAAUCACAAUCACCCUGAUCAUAAAUCACAUUUUCUUCAAUAGUUAAUCAACUGAGUAAUUCCACAAAUCGUUUUAAUCGCCAACAAUUUAUCUUAAUUGAAUUACAAUUAAUCACCAAUAAACAACAACAUGGAAGGUGCUUUUAGUCGUGGUGUUCAUACAUUAACUGUUCAUAAUAAAUUGCAUCAAUUAAAUCGCCGCCGGUUAGUGGAGAGGUUGAAACAAGUGGAUUCAUUGAAAAAGGGAAAAUCAAUUGUGAUUCUUCAAGGUGGACAAUCAGAGACUCGCCAUUGUACUGAUCACGAACCCAUUUUUCGACAAGAAUCUUAUUUCCAUUGGGCAUUUGGAGUUGAAGAGCCUGAUUAUUAUGGAGCAAUUGAAAUUGAUUCUGGUCAAAGUCAUUUAUUUGCUCCUAGAUUACCAUCAAGUUAUGCUAUUUGGAUGGGCAAAUUAAAAUCGCCUGAGGAUAUAAGAUAUAAAUAUGGUGUUGAAAAUGUUCACUUUUCUGACGUGAUGAAACAAAUCCUGGUGAAUUUACAUGCUGAUAAUUUAUUAUUAUUACAUGGAGUUAAUAGUGAUUCAGGAAAAGUGACUAAAGAAGCAUUUUUCGAGGGAAUUAACCAAUUUAAGGUUGACAAGUCGAUUCUUUAUCCAUUGAUCACCGAAUGUCGGGUAUUUAAAACACCAUUUGAACUGGAAGUCCUUCGAUAUGCAAAUAAAAUCAGUUGCGAAGCUCAUAUAGAUGUAAUGAAAAAGGUUCGUCCAGGAAUGAAAGAAUAUCAAUUGGAAAGUUUAUUUCGACAUUAUUGUUAUUACAAUGGUGGAGCUCGACUUUUAUCUUAUACCUGUAUUUGUGGUUCAGGUAUUAACAGUUCCGUCCUUCACUAUGGUCACUCUGGAGCUCCAAAUGACCAUACCCUUAAAAAAGGUCAAUUGGUACUUAAUGACAUGGGCUGUGAAUAUUAUUGUUAUGGAGCUGAUAUAACUUGUACUUUUCCGGUUAACGGUGUUUUCUCAGACCAACAGAAAAUCAUUUACAAUGCUGUUCUUGCCUCAUCACGAGCGGUAAUGAAAGCGGUUCGACCUGGUGUUUCUUGGGUUGAUAUGCAUCUUCUAGCUGAACGGACUCACCUUGAACAUUUAAUUGCUGCUGGUUUAAUUCAGGGUAAUAUUGAUGAGAUGAUUAAGUUAAGGAUACCAGCGAUUUUCAUGCCUCACGGGUUAGGUCAUUUUCUCGGUAUUGAUACUCAUGAUGUCGGUGGUUACCUUGAACAUACACCUCCCCGUCCAUCUGAAGAUGGAUUGAAAUCUCUUAGAACAUCUCGAGUCUUAGAACCAGGGAUGGUUCUAACCAUCGAACCUGGAAUUUACUUUAUUGGUGUUCUAUUAGAUAAAAUAUUAGCUGAUCCAGUUAAAUCUAAAUUCUUGGUCAAAGAAAAGAUUGACCAAUUUAGAGAUUUCGGUGGAGUACGAAUCGAGGAUAAUAUUGUUGUCACCGAAACAGGAAUGGAAUUGUUGACCAAUGUUCCCAGAACAAUUGAAGAGAUUGAAACUCUAAUGGCCGAAGGAGCAAAACUAAAUGUUCAAUUUCCUCAACAAAAUCAUAAAUCUAAUUAAACUCAUUAGCAGCAUCUUUGAUUAUGAUUCUCGUCUCUUGUAUACAAUCGAUUAAUAUAAAUAAUUUAAAUAGAAAUCAAAUUUUGGACCAAUGAUAAUAAAAUUCUGACAAAAUUCA